AGUACCACUCAGCCAAUCGAGUUAUUCGGUCUCUAGAGAACUCAAUUCCAUUCUUUACGAAUAUACAUCAACAACACCCAGCCUAAACCGCUACCCGUCAACUUACACACUCGCUUCCUUCGCUGUUUCACGGAUCAAGGUACUCCUCAUUCCUUCUGACCUUACCGCUUCCGGAGAUAAACUAGUCGUCGAGGAUUACUAUAGUACAUAUCACUAUAACUGUUAUACAAGCCAUCAUAGAUUAAGCUUUUCACACUUUGACGUCAGAAUCAUGGACUCAACACAAGGCCAAUUGAGCCAACACAUCCAAGCCCCUACUUACACACUCGGCUCUAACGACGAGUUCAUCAGAGAGGCCCCGCCACCACGCCCACCUCCACUGGUCACGAUGAAUAGGAACGAUAUGUCUACCAAGGUAGAGAGUCAAAUGGCAUCGGCCGGAGUGUGGACGACGCCAACAUCGCAAGAAGCGCGACCAAGACCCGCUACUAUUCACGAGGGUUUCUCGUUUUGCGCCGGAGAGGAAUUCGGAACCAUAGCUUCAUGGGAAACACCAUCCGGCUUAAUGAUCCACACGCCAAGUGAUACGAUGUCACGACCUGUUUCGAUGCAUCAAGAUUUCUAUCCUGUGACGACGAUGGAUAGCAGUCCAUGGGGAUCCAAACUAUGUGAAGAUCAUCAUCAUAUUGAUAUGCCUAACUUCGAUGUGGACAUGAACAUUGGGCAAGCUUAUACCGCGGAUGAGGCGAUUCCAAUCCUAGAUCUCAGAUAUGCCGGAUCUCAAAUCGAGAAUGAGUCGAUGGGCUUCGAGUCAGGUUUGAAUCAGCGUCGCAUGUCGGGUUCGUCGUUCACCGUGUCGACAACAGGCGGCCUCUCCGAUAUGCCUUCAUACGAUGAUUUUUCCGCUGCCUUGUCUGAAGCUCCGUCUUUCACAUCGGAUUACCCGCCAACUUCUAACCGAAACUCGCUCAUGUCCUCUACUCAAUUGUCGCCCGUAGCUUCUCCUCGCAUGACACCGCAGAGUCGUUCUGAUCUCGUCCGUACUCAAAGCCGUGGCCGGGGAGCCUCACCUUCUCCUCGACCUGGAAUGAGGUCUGCUCCUUAUAAUGCAGACAGCAGCGCACGAAACAAGAGGUGGUCUACUGGAUCGUACGGAACCGCGAGUCGCCGACCAUCUCCUUUCGUUUAUCAUCAUACGCAUGAUGUUUUUGGACCGAGAAUGUCGUCGAGACAUUCAUCGCCUACGAUGCCUAAUCACCCCCUUCCACUGAACUUCGGCAACCUCCAAGCUGUGCAGCAGCACCCGUUCCUUGUGUCCCAUCCGCCAGCUUUCCGGAAUAGUAUGCUUCUUCCGACUCAGCUACCGUCCCAAUUACCAUCGCAGGCGUUUCACCCGGAAGCUCAUCAUUUUGAGACCCCGCCACCACUAUUAUCACACGGCCUCUUCAGGAUGCUCCAAAGCAAUGCGGACCCUCAUUCGUUGCACGGUCAUUACACGGAUUUAUCUGACCCACCGGAUCUAUAUGCCUCGCUCCAGGAAGAGCAAAUUCCGCCUCCGCCCGAAGACAUGAACCCUUCAGACCCGGACCUUGUGCCUCACGAGCAAGAAUUACGAUUUGAAGGUGAUUUGUAUACACCCAGAUGGGUUCGUGGUCACGGCAAUAAGCGGGAAGGAUGGUGCGGUAUUUGCAAGCCCGGUCGAUGGCUGGUAUUGAAGAAUUCCGCAUUCUGGUACGACAAGAGUUUUACCCACGGUAUCAGCGCAGCCACUGGUAAUCCGUUCCAAGAACCCAAGGAAACUCGACGGAUGGAUGGCAAUCCAGAUGUUUGGGAAGGCCUAUGCGGAAGCUGCAACGACUGGAUCGCCUUAGUGAGCAGCAAGAAAAAGGGCACAACCUGGUUCAGGCACGCGUAUAAGUGCCACACGCACCCUAAAGUCAAGGAUGCGCCUAAGAGGCGACGUGAGAGUAGCAACUCUAGAGCUGUUGCAAAGCCAAAGCUUGAUAUGCAACCGCCUAUGACGCCUCAUACCGAUACUACAGCAGUUUCGUUGAACGCAACACCAACUUCCAUGCCGAUGUCUACGCCUAUUUCUCACGAACAGGCUAUUCAGCCAGAACGACAACAACGACAACAUCAACAAAGAACCUUCUCUGGAGUAGAUGGAUACCACAACAUGAUUUAAUGAUCAAAUCGAACGAUUCAACCCUUUUCGAACAACCAGACUUAAAAAAAACACUCAUUUUCCUUGAACUCCCCGCUCUCAAUAUAGAGGGCGAUCUUAUUAUAGACGGACAACGGAC